UUAAUUAUUUAAUUGUGCUGGAAUUUCUGCAGAGGCGCGUCUCGCCCCGUCUUGUAUCGUCGCACCCAAAUCUCAAUGGAAUAAGGCGGCAUUCAGGCCAGCCUCUUUCUCUGUUCCUCUCCCGGAUGAUGGCUUUUUUCUCCAUUGCCUCUUUCCCUCCCCGCAGAUCAUAGUCCGAAGGGGAAGAGUGUUUCCGGCAAUGGAGGAGCCAAGCCAACUGAAGCGGGCGAUGAUCGAUGCCAUGGCUGGGGCAAUUUCUGGUGGUAUAUCACGGACAAUCACAUCACCGCUUGAUGUUAUUAAGAUUAGAUUCCAGGUCAAUUUUGGUUCAACUUGAGCCCACAACUUCAUGGGGCUUACUACGCAAGGACCUGUCUGCACCGUCAAAAUAUACUGGAAUGCUUCAAGCAACCAAAGAUAUUUUUAGAGAGGAAGGCUUGCGGGGCUUUUGGCGGGGCAACGUGCCAGCACUACUCAUGGUUAUGCCAUAUACAGCAAUACAAUUUACAGUAUUACACAAGUUGAAAACGUUUGCUGCUGGUUCUUCCAAGACAGAGAAUCACAUUAAUCUGAGCCCUUAUCUAUCCUAUGUCAGCGGAGCUUUAGCUGGGUGUGCAGCUACUGUAGGGUCAUAUCCAUUUGAUCUUCUCCGAACUAUUUUAGCUUCUCAAGGUGAACCUAAGGUAUAUCCAAACAUGAGGGCAGCGUUAAUUGAUAUACUCAGGACUCGUGGCAUCCGAGGCUUGUAUGCUGGAUUAUCACCAACAUUAGUUGAGAUUAUACCUUAUGCAGGUCUACAGUUUGGUACCUAUGAUACAUUCAAGCGUUGGGCUAUGGCUUGGAACCUUAGAUAUUCCGAAACUGCUUCAGAAGAUGGCCUCUCUAGCUUUCAACUUUUCCUUUGUGGAUUAGCGGCGGGAACAUGUGCCAAGCUUGUCUGUCAUCCCCUGGAUGUGGUGAAGAAAAGAUUUCAGAUUGAAGGGCUUCAAAGGCAUCCGAGAUAUGGAGCUCGAGUGGAGCAUCGUGCAUAUAGGAAUAUGUUUGAUGCGAUGCGGAGGAUAUUGCAGUCUGAGGGUUGGGCUGGUUUAUACAAAGGGAUAGUCCCCUCAACUAUCAAAGCUGCACCGGCCGGGGCCGUAACAUUUGUUGCUUAUGAAUUGACCUCCGAUUGGCUGGAGUCUCUUUUGCAUUGAAUUGAAAAUUUUUGGACAUACUUUUCUCAUUCUUUUUUUUUUUUUUGCUUUAGAUUAUUUAACACCCUCAUAGGCAUAGGAUAGGAAGAAAGCAAGCUAAGGUCAGAGGUAUUUAUUAUCUAGUCUAUAAUCACGGUCGAUAGUCAAGAAGGCUGUUGUCCCCGUCCGAUUGCUCUCUCUCUCUCUCUCUGUUUUUUUUUAAUAGAAUGUUUUUUUAGUUUUAAUUUAUCAUUUGAAGGAAUCGAAAUUAUAUAUAUGUAUAUAUUUAUUUUUGGUAUCGAAAAUUUGGUACAGCGCA